UCCUGCUCCCGCCCUUCUUCCCACAUGAGGACGAGAAGAUGACUAUCACCAACCGGCAGUCCUUCAAUGUCCUGACGGUCAUCUUCCUCCUGCUGUCCACUGCAGCCCUCUCAGCUCAUUAUCGAGUGUGUGAACCCUACACCGACCACAAGGGGCGUUACCACUUCGGCUUUCAUUGUCCACGCCUCUCAGACAACAAGACCUACGUGUUCUGCUGCUACCACAACAACACCGCCUUCAAAUACUGCUGCAACGAGACAGAGUUCCAGAUGGUCAUGCAGAUCAACCUCACCACCACCUCAGAUGGUUAUGCACACAAUAAUUAUACAGCCCUGGUCGGCGUGUGGAUCUACGGCUUCUUCGUCAUGGUGCUGCUGGCGCUGGACUUUCUCUACUACUCAGCCAUAAACUACGAGCUGUGCCGGGUCUACCUGGAGAAAUGGGGUCUGGGAGGACGCUGGCUAAAGAAGGCUCGAAGUCAGUGGCACAGGUCCAUGCCAGAGGAGAGCGAAUCCCAGGUUCAAGCCCAGCCCAUGGUCCCCAGCCACUACCAACCCAGACACAGCCUCAGAGGGGAGAGCCACAGCCCCACACUCCUGCCCUACAACACAUCCACUGCAUGAAUGAUGCUCCGAUUGGAAAACUGAAGAGUAGCAACACCUUGUUUCCUUACGUGGUACAGAAGAGAUGUCCCACAGAUGCCAUCUCUCCGGACCACAGACACAACCACCAGUGGUGGGCUAGUCCUGCUCUAGUAGUUAGAAGUGACUACUGCCCCUUUCUAAUGAGCACAAAACACCCUUGGACUAACAAGAGCAGAUUGAUGUGGCGUUUAAAAACUCAGCUGAACAAAGACUGCCAGGAGAAACAGAGGAGCUUACUACUGCUGCUGCCACAGCAGAGGAGCAACACAUCCAACUACAGGUGGUUCAGUGAUCCCCUGAAAUGGUGGCCUAGGCCUGGAGAAUCCCUAACAGAUCCGAGCUGAACUGGAUUAACUGUACUCGCAAGCAAGGAGGCUUGCCUGUUUU